AUGAGGAUGGGAAUCCUCUCCUUAACGAGGGAGAAACUUCCUGACUUUGACUUCUUCUCAGAUCUGAAUGCCAAAGGCUGUGUCCACCAGGUAUUCGAAGUGUAUCGUCUCAAGUCUUGUGUCGACUUCAAGCCGUAUGAGGGAGAGGAGUACUACAUCAAGUUUGAGAAACAAGCAGGAUGCUUCUCCAGCGUCGGCAAACAGACUGACGGUCAGAUUAUAUCUUUGGGAAUGAGAUGUGACCAAAAGGCUGUGAUUGAACACGAGCUUCUUCACGCGCUUGGAUUUUAUCAUGAACAGUCACGCACAGACAGGGAUAACUAUGUGGACAUCUGGCUGGAUCAGGUGAAACCCGGACUUCAUAACAACUUCAAAACAUACAACGACGACUUCAUCACCGAUCAGAACACGGCGUACGACUACGAGUCUGUCAUGCACUACCGACCCUUCUCCUUUAACAAGAAUGAAUCCAUACCCACCAUCACCCCCAAAAUCCCAGAGUUUUUCAACAUCAUCGGCCAAUACCUGGACUUCAGCGAGAAGGACACCCUAAGGCUCAAUCGGAUGUACAACUGUUCUGGACCUCUGACUCUGCUGGAUCAGUGUGCCUUUGAGUUGGCUAGCAUCUGUGGGAUGAUCCAAGCCUCCACGAACGAUGUUGACUGGGUUCAUACCAAGAGCAGUGUGGAUGCAGAAGACCACACACUCCUGGGAAGGUGCAGAGAUGCUGGGUACUUUAUGUACUUGAACACCGGGAUCGGAAACCCUCAGGAGUCAGCUCUGUUGGAAUCCCGAACCCUUUAUCCAAAGAGGAAAAUUCAGUGUCUCCAAUUUUUCUAUAAAAUGACUGGAAAUGUCCAGGACAAGCUGGUGAUAUGGGUCAGGAUGGAUGACGGGACAGGCACUGUUCGCAGCAUGAGGAAAAUACACACUUUUCAGGCGGAUUCCGACCACACUUGGAAAAUUGCCCACGUCCAAAUGGAAAUGGACGUUAAGUUCCGGUACGCCUUCCAAGCCGUGCGUGGAAACCCUACUGCAUCCUCCGGCGGCGUUUACAUCGACGACAUCAGCAUGACCGAGACACGCUGUCCCAACGCCGUUUGGACGAUCCACAACUUCUCCAAGAUCAUGGAAACGGCGGACAACAACACAGUUCUCGACAGCCCUCGUUUCUACAGCCCUGAAGGCUACGCGUACGGCGUACGUGUCAAACCCCUGUCGGAGUACACCGAUUUCACAGGGAGCUACACGGGGCUGUACUUUCACCUGGCAAGUGGGGAGAAUGACGUCAUCCUGCAGUGGCCAGCCGUCAACAGACAGGCGACCUUGACGGUGAUGGACCAAGACCCAAACAUCUUGCUGAGGAUGUCCUCUGCCCGUAGUCUUACCACAGACAGGUCUGAAACUUCAGAUGGAAAGUAUCGCUGGGAUAAGCCAUCCAAGGUGGGGACGUACGACUCUUCCUGCGAUUGCUACAGGGGAGAAUCACGAGGAUGGAGGAACUUCAUCAAGCACUUCGACCUCCGGCGCCGCAACUACCUCAAGAACGAUGACCUGAUUAUCUUCGUUGAUUUUGAGGAUUUAACCUCACUCAUCCACACCGAAGUUCCUGUAAAGUCAAAUGAAUACGCAGCAGAUUGAAACAAGAUGCAGAGGUCACACUUCAGAAAAGACACAAUUUCACAUCUGAUGGUAAAUAACUCUUUAAAAUGUUUUACUUUUUGGUGUUUGCAUUGAGAGUUGGCACAAGAUUCUUCAAAAAUAACAUCAAAGAUAAAUAUGUGAAAUUUCUUGAAUGACUCAGCUUCCAAAACUUUCAUUUUCUGUUUUUUUAUUUGAUAAAUAUUUUUAACAAAUAAGCUUUUUUCUGUAACUUGAUUUAAUUUUUUAGAACAUUUUUUUAAUGUAGUUAAUAAUGUACUGCAAUACUUUGCUUGUUUUCAUUAAAUAAGCAUUGUGCUCACAUGUUUAAGCUAGUCACUUACUUACAGAUUAUUUUGAUUUAUUUUCCCUUAAUCAGCUUUUGAAAUUGCAUUAAAAUAAAUUAUAAUUUGGUUAUAAAGCCAUGGAAAUAAAUGAUAAUUGUAUUGACUUAGCAGGACAAAUUUCUCAGUUGUUCCUCUGAAUAUGACAAAAAUAAAGUGCAUCCACUGCUGUCUGGUGU